AUGGCAAACUGCAACACGAACUGUGCCAGAGCAACCCUGUUUUUGUUGACCAUUUUCAUCUGUUUUGGCCAUUUCCCAGUCUCCGCCUUUGAUUUCCAAAUAGGUGGAACCAAAGAUUGGGUUGUGCCUCCUACUAAUGACAGCAAAAUCUACAACGACUGGGCCUCCGGAAACCGGUUCCAAGUAGUACGUUUUAAGUACAAGAAGGACUCUGUUAUGGAGGUGACAGAGGAAGAGUUCAAGAAAUGCAAUUCAACUCGCCCCCACUUCUUCUCCAACACUGGAAACACAGUUUACCUGUUUGACCACGCCGGCCCUUUCUACUUCGUCAGUGGAGCUUCUGGGCAUUGCCAGAGAGGACAGCGCAUGAUCGUUAAGGUGAUGUCCUUGGAGGAAUCUCCUUCCAGAGACCGCAGAUCUUCUGGCUCUCGUGCUGCGGUUUUUUCAGUCUUUGUUCGGUUGUGUCCUAUGUUGCAUGUCUUCUCUUCUAGUUGA